CCCGGCCCGCUCCUAUUAUAUCCUCGUCCAGCCCCCUCACCGCCGCACCAAUUCUCGGCUUUCGCCAUUGCCAGAAACAGCAGCUCUGUCAUCUUCGAUCGCGAGCUGCACCAGUUCGAUCGGUCAAAGGUCGCGUCGACGUCGACGACGAUGGACGCUCCGGCCAUGCUUACGCGCAAGCACGUCCCCGAGGACAUCGGCCACCGGAACACCGGCGAAGUGGAGGACGACGGAGCCGGGGGCCAGGCCCAGCUGCACCGAGACGAGAAGCAGCACAAGCCGGUGCUGAAGAAGGUGAAGGAGAAGGUGAAGAAGAUCAAGAACACCCUCGCCGGCCACGGCCACGGCCACGACGGUGACCACGGCGGCGGCGACGAGCGCAUGGGGGACGCGGACGACGCUGGCAGCGACAGCAGCGAGGAGGCGGAGGAGGACGCGGUGGAGAGGGAGGCCGCGCUGGAGAAAGGCGGCUACAUGGAGGACGUCGAGGACAAGCCCGUCGUCAUGGAGUCCGACGACCCCGAGGCGCACCGCGCGCCAACGUACGGGUCGGAGAGGGCACCGGCCGUGCAGGACCUCGUCGCCAAGUACGAUCAGCCGGCGACCACACCGGCCGUCGAGGACAAGCCCGUCGUCAUGGAGUCCGACCCCGAGGUGCACGGCGCGCCGAUCUACGAGUCGGCGAGGGCACCGGACCUCGUCGCCAAGUACGAUCAGCCGGCGAGGACACCGGCCGUGCAGGAGGUGGAGGGCGACGGCGCCGCACCUAGGGUGCGCCUCGGUGAUAUCGGCGGCCCCGUCGUCGAGGAUCCUGCCGCGCCGCGCUCCACGACGCCAGCCGCGCGAGAGGGUGAGGACAUAGGCACGACGCCCGUGGUGCAGCAGUUUGAGACGAUGAGCUUGUCCGACGACCCGGCGCACGUGGGCGCGGGCAAGAAGGGCGCAAAAGCAGAGGAGUGGAAAGACAAGGCCGCGGACACGGUGGGCGGCGCGGCCGGCGGCGCUGCUAGCUACACGGACAGGCUCAAGAACGCGGCCGCCGGCACGACGGAGUACGGCAAGAAGCUAGCGAGCACGGUGUACGAGAAGGUCGCCGGCGUCGGCACUGCUGUGGGCGUGGGGAAGCGCGACGACGAACAACGCGCGGCGUCAGUGCCAGCGUCGAACACCGCCGGCGCGGAGGAGUGGAGAGACGCCCCCGAGGCCACGGACACGGACGCAACGAGGGGCGCGGGGUACACGGACAAGAUCAAGUCGGCGGCCGCGGGCACCACUGGGUACGGCAAGCAGCUGGCGUCCACCGUGUACGACAAGGUCGCCGGCGUGGGCACCGCCGUCGCGCCCAACCUCCGUCCGCAGGAGGGCUCGCCCACGGCGGAAGGCGCACACAGCGAGGCAAUGCCGGCGUCGGACACCGGCGCUGAGGAGUGGAAGGACGCCCCAGCUGCCACGGAUCACGCGACCAACACCGCGUCGGGUCCGGCAGCGGGGGCGGGGCAGGCGGGGUACACGGACAAGAUCAAGUCCGCGGCUGCAGGCACCACGGAGUACGGCAAGCAGCUGGCCAGCACCGUGUACGAGAAGGUCGCCGGCGUCGGUACCGCCGUGGCGGGCAAGGUCAAGUCGGCCGGCACGGCGACGCCCGGGGUCGGCGCGCAGCAGGACACGACGGCCACCCCCGGCGCCGGCGGGCAGGACAAGGGUGUCACCGUCACGGGGUACAUCGCCGAGAAGCUCCGUCCGGGCGACGAGGACCGCGCGCUCAGCGAGGCGAUCUCCGGCGCCGUGCAGCGGCGCAAGGAGGACGUCGGGGGCACGGUAGCGCAGCGCGUGCCGGCGCCCGGCCAAGUGAUCACCAAGGCGCGCGAGGCCGUCACGUCGCUCACCGGCGGCAACCGGGUCUCCGAGACCGUGCAGUCAACCACAGCCACAGGGGAAGACGUGAAGGAAGGCUACGCGGCGGAGGCGCCUGUGAUCCGCGGGGAGGAGAUCGGCGGCGCGAAGCUGAACACGAAUACCAUGUGAUGAAGUGCGGCUCAUGGACAGCACGGCGGCUCGGUGUGAACAGUGUGAUUAUUGUGGCAGGUUUGUGUACACGUGAAUGGUGUGGUUUGCCCUGUGGACUGGAGUCGAAGCUGGAAUAAGCGUGCUGCUUUGUGUUCACCGUGGCGCGCUCUGGUUUUACAUCUUGUGUGAUUGUGUAUCCACAUUUCCGCAGGUUGUAUAUGUUUGUAUGUAUGUAAUAUGUGUAUGUGUAUGUGUAUGUGUAUGUGUAUGUGUAUGUGUAUGUGUAUGUGUAUGUUGAAAAAUAUGUUCUGUUUUUGUUGCGUUGGUACAGUCUCACUUGUCGCGUGCUGCAUCUAA